UACGAAAACUUUGCUGGAUGUUUCAGGAGAAACAUUUCAGGACCAGAUUUUAAUUAUUUUUAAUAAAUGUAUGUACACUAAGUACGCUCAUUAAAUCGUGUUUUACAAAGGGGACUUUUUGUGUCGGUAAAUUAGAACACUAGAAACAUUGUUUCUGAAGGAGCGCACUGGGCAGAGGCAAGGCAGCGACCCCAAGCCUUUUUGUUAUUCAUCUAAUCUCCACAGGCACCUCUUUUCCAUUAAUUGGACUUGUGACAGGUGACAUGGAUCUCUCUCUGUUGGUGGCAUUCUGCUCCUGUGUUCCUCCUGCUUUGGCAUCGACGAUGGAUGAAAAGGACUAUGACUCUGCAUUUCACUACGACUAUGAAUCUCUGAGGAUCGGUGGACUGAUCUUCGCUGUGGUACUGUUUGUCAUGGGCAUUGUCCUCAUCGUCAGCCAGAAAUGCCCAUGCCAAUCAAGUCCGAAGUCACGGCCUGCUGGGGUACCUGAGGCAGAGGCAGGGGCUGUGACAGGUCCCCAGUGAUGUAACGUCUCGCCACCAGGCUGCAGCAUUGGACAGUGGAGGACUAACUAUGGCUAUCUCCCAGAGAGCACAAGGCUCCUUUUUUAAAUCUGCUGAUAUGUUCUCUUGACAUGUUUUUUAUUUUCUCUUUUUUCUAUAUGAAUGAAUGUAUUCUGAGGGCAUAAUUGGUUGAUGCAGUAGGGUCGGCUAUAAAACCUUCUGUCAUAUGUGAUAGACACACAUGAACACGCGAUUUUGUAAGUUAGAAGUUGACUAUUUAUGACUAUUUUAAAUUGUAAUAUUUCCACACUGUUAAAUAAAGUGAUGUAGAUGGGUAA